UAUACCUUGAAAUUUUGUUGUUGAAAUUUAGUAUCGUUGGUAUAUUAUGAAACUCUGUGUCCUGAUUUUACCAUUUUGGAAUCAGAUAAUGGAAAUAGUUGGUGAAUUGGAAAGGACUGUGUUUAUAUUGGACCAUGCAGAGAAGAAAGCAGGUGAAGAAGUGAUCUCAUUGCUUCAGGAGAAGAAGAAUUCUGAAACUAAUUCAAACGAUGGUGUUGAGCUCAAAAUCUUCCAUCAAGCUAUGUUGAAGCUUGGAAUUACUUCCUCCAGAGCAGCUCUUUCUGAGAGAAGAGCCCUCUGUAAAUUGAUUGAGAGGGCUCGCGCAGAGGAAGACAAGCAUAAGGAAUCAAUCGUAGCAUACCUACUGCUUCUAACUAGAAAAUACUCGAAGUUAUUCAGAAAUGACAUACCAGAGGAUUCAGAUUCUCAAGGAUCAAAUCCAUGUUCUCCGACUCUCCCAGGCCCUUCUGAUGGAAGCAGCAAUGAUUUUGCAAGGGAGUCUUCUUUUAGUUCCAAACUACAAAACAAGCGAUCAGAAGAAGCACCCACGCCCCCUGAGGAGUUCAGAUGUCCAAUCUCCUUACAGAUCAUGCACGAACCAGCCAUUAUUUCAUCUGGACAGACCUACGAGCGUGUUUGCAUUGAAAAAUGGUUUAAGGAUGGGCAUAACACUUGCCCUAAGACCCAACAGAAGCUUACACAUUUUUCUCUAACUCCAAACUUCUGCGUCAAAAGUCUGAUUGCUAGUUGGUGUCAGCAAAAUGGCCUUCCAGUUCCAGAUGGCCCUCCAGAAUCCCUUGAACUGAAGUCCUGGAGGCUGUUCCAUCCUGCGAAUGAUACUAUUGAUUCCAGAUCCAUAGGUGGCCUCAAAUCUUGCGACGAGGGUGUCGAGAGCAGUCCGCCGGAGAAGAGUGGUGGCAUCACUGGGGAAACUAAUAAUGGUGAUACUACAGAGAGCGAAGAUGAUGAGUUUGAAAGAUAUGAGAGUUUGCUUAAGUUAUUGCGUGAUAGUAUGAGCAGAAGGAAGCGGCAAAAAGCUAUAGAGGAAAUCAGGGUUUUGCUGAAGGAUGAUGGGGAGGCGAGAAUAUAUAUGGGUGCAGAUAGGUUUGUGGAAGCACUAGUGCAGUUUCUGAAAUCAGCGACUGAUGAGGGAGAUGAGAAAGCACAGGCGGUUGGUGCGUUAGCUCUUUUCAACUUGGCUGUCAAUAAUGACAGG